AUGUCGCUCCCGGCCAAAGUGAUGCGGGACGGGCAGCUGGAGAAGCGCAGCAGCGGGCUGCUCCAGCUGUGGAAGAAGAAGCGCUGCGUGCUGACGGAGGAGGGGCUGCGCCUGCACAGCUGCAGGGCCGGGGGGGAGGCUCCGGCCCCGGCCCUGGCCCUGGCGUGGAGCCCCAAAGCCAAGGAGCUCCGCUUCGAACGUAUGGCCACCGUGGACUGCGUGGAGUACAAGCGCGGGCUGGUGUACUUCACCGUGGUCAUGGCCACGGGCAAGGAGAUCGACUUCCGCUGUCCGCAGGACGGCGCGGCGUGGAACGCGGAGAUCGCCCUGGCGCUGGUGCGCUUCAAGAACCUGCAGGCGGUGCAGACCGGGAGGAACCGGCACAUGAACUCUGACGCGAAGCUCUGCCUGCUCCCUGGGUCUGACCCGGUCAGAGGAGAGACAAGAGGUCAUCAGAACCACGGGCCUACUCCUGUGCUGCUCGGCAUCAUGGGACGUAUGGAAAAGCCAUCAGCGAAUAUGGAUCUCGGCCUGGCGUAGGAUCUUGUUAAGGAUAAAAGCUACUGUUGCCAUGACUCAAUCGCCUGAGGUCAGCAGGGCGGCUCCUGCUGAAACAGUUGACCCUUUGUGCCUUGAUGUGUCUAAACUAUCCUCUGAUAAAGACAUCUUUUUUUAACAACUUUAAUAUUGCUGCAACAAAGUCAUCAUAGUCAUGCUUUCAAUCAAGUAUUAGCAUAUGAAGUAUUUGUUAUUGCAUUCAGUGUGUUUUCUUGAAACCAUGUACAGUAUUACAAUUGUCAAAUAAAUAAAUACAUUUUUGGAGAACCUUUUGACCAAAUCUCCUAUAUCCGAACAUGCCGUCCGUUGUGUACAUUAGCACAUGUGCAUAAUGUCUGUUCGCAUUAAACUCUCUGCUCCAGUUCAUUUGAGAUGUGCUCAUCUGUUUCCGGUAGUGCUGUAACCUUGCUGUGUUAGCCUCCGGGUGAUGCACGCAGCCCAGCUGCAUAAACUCACGCUCACACACACCGUGGCUAUUGCGUGUCGGCCAGAGUGAGGACACCUUUUGUUGUGAACUGUGUGGAGGACUAAUGAGAAGCACGAAAAGCCCCGGGGCGUGUGCGCACAAACAUC